AAUCGCACCUAUUUUGGAAAAGUGGUAACAAGGUGAACCAAGGUAGCUUGUUCCCACCUUAAAAUCUGCACUCGUGGUGAUGUCACGUCGGAAAUUUACCAAAGCAAGAACUGGCCAACGGUACGGAGAGAUCCAGCCCCUUGAAGGGCUGAUUGGGCGGGCAGCACUGACGUGCACUGACGCUUGGAGACUUUAGGUGCAUGUUGGCUCUGGAAUACGGAGCCCACAUAAACAAAGGCACAUUGGAGGGAAGGGCCAGUCUGUCCGGCUUGCUCGCACCGCACCGCGCCGCGCCGCGCCGGUCCUGCGCUUCCCCGCGGACAGUAACGAGCAAGUGCUCCAGGCGCGGCUGCUUUAUCCGCCGACCCUCCCCUUGGAAACUGUUGUGCGAACAGUUGAAUGAAUGAAAAAGACAUUGCUAACAAAGAACAUACUGGGCAGGCUGGAGUCCUCAUUGAUUUCCUAAAAUCUUGGAAACUUUGUUCUCCACUGAAUUCCGACACUGUCCGCCUUUAAUUCCCUCGAAAACGCCUCUAACUCGCCUGAAGCCAUGCCCUGUGUUCAGGCUCAGUAUGGGUCAUCGCCUCAAGGAGCCAGCCCGGCCUCCCAGAGCUACAGUUACCACUCGUCGGGAGAAUACAGCUCCGAUUUCUUAACUCCAGAGUUUGUCAAGUUUAGCAUGGACCUCACCAACACUGAAAUCACUGCCACCACUUCUCUCCCCAGCUUCAGCACCUUUAUGGACAACUACAACACAAGCUACGACGUGAAGCCACCUUGCUUGUACCAAAUGCCCCUGUCCGGCCAGCAGUCCUCUAUUAAGGUGGAAGACAUUCAGAUGCACAGCUACCAGCAGCACAACCACCUUCCCCCUCAGGCCGAGGAGAUGAUGCCUCACUCGGGCUCCGUUUACUACAAGCCCUCGUCGCCCCCGACUCCCAGCACCCCGGGCUUCCAGGUGCAGCACGGCCCCAUGUGGGACGACCCGGGCUCCCUGCACAACUUCCACCAGAAUUACGUGGCCACCACCCACAUGAUCGAGCAGCGGAAAACGCCCGUGUCCCGGCUCUCCUUGUUCUCCUUUAAGCAGUCCCCCCCCGGCACCCCCGUCUCCAGCUGCCAGAUGCGCUUUGACGGGCCCCUCCACGUGCCCAUGAACCCCGAGCCGGCCGGGGCCCACCACGUGGUGGACGGGCAGACCUUCGCGGUGCCCAACCCCAUCCGCAAGCAGGCCUCCAUGGGCUUCCCCGGCCUGCAGCUCGGCCACGCGUCCCAGCUGCUGGACAGCCAGGUGCCCUCGCCGCCCUCCCGGGGGUCGCCGUCCAACGAGGGGCUGUGCGCCGUGUGCGGGGACAACGCCGCCUGCCAGCACUACGGCGUGCGCACGUGCGAGGGCUGCAAAGGCUUCUUCAAGCGCACGGUCCAGAAAAACGCGAAAUACGUUUGUCUGGCAAAUAAAAACUGCCCCGUGGACAAGCGGCGCCGCAACCGCUGCCAGUACUGUCGGUUCCAGAAGUGCCUUGCGGUUGGCAUGGUCAAGGAAGUGGUCCGUACAGACAGCUUAAAAGGUCGGAGGGGUCGCUUGCCAUCCAAGCCGAAGAGCCCCCAGGAGCCCUCUCCCCCCUCGCCCCCGGUGAGUCUGAUCAGUGCCCUGGUGAGAGCCCAUGUCGACUCCAACCCGGCUAUGACCAGCCUGGACUAUUCCAGGUUCCAGGCUAACCCCGACUACCAGAUGGGCGGCGACGACACGCAGCACAUCCAGCAGUUCUACGAUCUCUUGACCGGCUCCAUGGAGAUCAUCCGGGGCUGGGCGGAGAAGAUCCCCGGCUUCCCCGAGCUCCCCAAGACGGACCAAGACCUGCUCUUCGAGUCCGCCUUCCUGGAGCUCUUCGUGCUGCGCCUGGCCUACAGGUCCAACCCGGUGGAGGGCAAGCUCAUCUUCUGCAACGGGGUGGUCCUGCACAGGCUGCAGUGUGUCCGCGGCUUCGGGGAGUGGAUCGAUUCCAUCGUGGAGUUCUCCUCCAACCUGCAGAACAUGAACAUCGACAUCUCCGCCUUCUCCUGCAUCGCGGCCCUGGCCAUGGUCACAGAGAGGCAUGGGCUCAAGGAACCCAAGAGGGUGGAAGAACUUCAAAACAAGAUUGUAAAUUGUCUCAAAGACCAUGUGACUUUCAAUAACGGGGGCUUGAAUCGCCCCAAUUAUUUGUCCAAACUUUUGGGGAAGCUCCCUGAACUCCGCACUCUUUGCACACAGGGGCUGCAACGCAUUUUCUACCUGAAACUGGAAGAUUUGGUGCCACCUCCAGCAAUAAUCGACAAACUUUUUCUGGACACUUUACCUUUUUAAGACUUUUCCCAUGCACUUAAAUUGAACUUGAAAGAAACUCCACCUGUCUGAAGGGGAACUCCCCUGUGCACAAAGCAGCGCCUUUGGGUGCCAGAUUCCCAUCAAACAAAACACUGUUGCUAACCUCCUGCAGGCAGACCGUGACUGGGCAUUUUGGCUCUGGGGCGUCAUGGAUUCAGAUCAUGGACUACACAAAUACCAUGGUAUAAACUUUUUAUUAUCGGUUAAAAAGAAUUUAUUAAUAAGGACUUCUGAGUAAAAAGACCAACAUAUCUGGCAACGCCGGGUGCGCAGCUACGACUCAUAUGAUAAAGUAUUAAGGUGACCCACACAUCUCACCCUCCUAAAGACUAGAAGUUUUCUGCUGUAAAAGAAAGCUGUAAUAUAUACUAAAAGUAAAUGUUGCGUGGGUGGCAUGAAAUUUAAGAAGGCAAAGGCUUGUAAAUUUAUCAAAUGCAGUUUGGCUUUUUUAAAAAAAAUAUUCUGUGCCUAUUUAUGAAGAAAUAUUAAAACCGAUUCUAAAAAAAACAAGAUAAAUGAGUUUGCAAAAAAAGGAAAAUAAAAAGAGAAACAGCUAACUCCAUACAAAGGGAAAGCAAGCAUGAUGAUUCUAGGAUGACAAUGUUAUAGGCACUUGCUAUUUCAGUAAUGUCUAUAUUCUAUAAAUAGUAUUUCAGACACUAUGUAGUCUGUUAGAUUUUAUAAAGAUUGGUAGUUAUCUAAGCUUCAAACAUUUUCUCAAUUGUAAAAUAGGUGGGCACAAGUAUUACAGAACCGAGCUCCUUGGCAAAGGGACACAUAGUGUUUGUAAACACCGUCCGACAUUCCUUGUUUGUAAGUGUUGUAUGUACUGUUGAUGUUGAUUAAAAAAAAAGUUUAUAUCUUGA